AACCUUCGUGUGUGUUCUUCAGAAAAAAAGAAUGCAGAUGAUGAAAGAAUUUUCAUUUUUGGGUGAACUAUCCCUUUCCAUCUAUCUUUGUCAAAAUGAAUCAUCAAUUGGAUGAGGCUGGACAAGAGUGGAAGCGAAGUUUUGCGCCCCUCCCGUAGAGAUGCUCACAGCUGAACUCCAGUGGCAGCCUCAGUAACACACGUCCCCUUGGAGACUAGAGCAACACGUGAUGCGUCGACUUGUCACGUUCACUGAGCAGCGCUCAGGAACACACUUUGAGGAAAAAGUGACUUUUCUGACCCUCACUCGUCGGAAGUGUCGAUGGCCAUCAUUGCUUUAGGGAGCUAAAGCAAGUGAGCGAUGUAAAGUCUCCAGUUGGCGAACACUGCACAUCCUCAAAUACGCCAUUUUGAUCGCUCUCCGGAACAAGUUUGCAGUUUUUUUCGAAGUCCAUCAUCUCUUUUCACCAUCACCAUGUCUCAACGCAAUCUGCCCAACCCCGACAAAGUCAAACUAUGAGCAGAGGUCGCUUUCCCUCGUCCUGUGCCCGUGAUCCUGUGGCUCCAUGACCCUGUGACGUGUUUAGCCCAGACCUUAAAAUGGUAGAAGUGGAUCAAGGAGUCCGACAACAGAUGGUAUGUCCCGAUCAGAGCCCGGAUCUCAACAUCAUUGAGUCAGUGUGGGAUUACAUGAAGAGACAGAAGCAAUUGAGACAGCCAAAUAGAUAGGCAAACUGUGUCAAAUUCUUCAAGAUGCUUGGAACAACUUAUCUGCCAACAACCGUGAAAACUACAUGGAGAGUGCCUCCCCUGACAAGAAUGUCAGAAAUGAUGUUGGUGCUGUUGACAUAAAUGAACAAUCUCAGUUGUCAGAAGAGGCAGUGAAGAAUCAGCCCUUCACACUUCUACCUGAACCUGUAGAAGUUAACCUGAAGAGGGAAGCAGACUAUGAUGGAAUGAACAAACAAGCACAUGUGGCAGAAGAAGAUGUAGGUGGAGUGAGGCCAGAAGAGGAGCUGUCCUCCAUCAACUCCAUGAUGAGCACUGUGAUGAAUGUGGGCCAGAUCAAUUCUGACUCCAUGAAAGCAUCUCCCAGUUUAACCAGCAAAUCACCAUUAAUCAGUCGUACUGGGAGAAGAAAUCAGGAAGUCAAAGAAGAACACUCAAACUUCAUUUGCCCUCUGUGUAACAAAAACUGCAUGACACAGCACCAACUCACAAUGCAUAUCAGACAGCAUAAUACAGACAGUGGAGGCACUGAUCACUCCUGCAGUAUCUGCCUGAAGGCUCUGAGCUCGGCCAGCUCUCUGGAUCGCCACAUGCUGGUACACAGCGGAGAAAGGCCAUAUAAGUGUGUAAUAUGUAGCCAGACCUUCACCACCAACGGAAAUAUGCACAGGCACAUAAAAAUUCAUGAAAAGGAUGCAAAUGGUAUUCCUACGCCCAGUCCUUCUCCAAUAAACAAGCGCCGUCGUCUCUCUACUAAGAGAAAGCCUAGUGUGGAGGAUGAGGGGGAGCAGGCUGAUGAACCACCAAAUAAAAAGGAGAUGUUGAUGCAAAAGGCUGAAGAGCCUUGUUCUGUAAAGAGUGAAGAAGAACUCCUUCAUUGCCCCAUCUGCUUUAAGACAUUCAUCUGUAAAUAUGGUUUAGAAUCCCACAUGGAGACACAUCCUGACACUACCCUUAGGUGUAACAUUUGUUGCAUCACCUUUCGCACACAUCGUGCUCUUCUUCGCCAUAAUACCAUCAUUCAUAAGCAGCUGCCCACAGACCCCACUGGACGACCCUUUAUUCAGAGUAACCCCUCCAUCCCACUGGGUUUUGGUGACUUGGCUUUCAUUGACUUCAGCUGUGACAAGUUUCCCCAAAUUGCACAGGUCUGGUGUGAGACUAACUUGCGACGAAGUGUUAGCAAGUUCCAUAGAUUUGUCUGUGAGGCCUGCAACAAGGCCUUCCCUCUUCAGCAGUCUCUGGAUCUUCACAAAUCCGCCCAUAAAAGCAGUGCAAACACCAACACUGAACCUCAGGAACAAAGCACAGAUGCUGUUAUAGAUGCCCCAAAAGUAAAAUCCCAUUCCAUGGAUUCAAAGGAGGUCAGUGAACCAGUACCACAAGAUGAUACUACCAAUUUUAAUGGGAAGAACAGUUUCAUGGAGUACCUGGGUCUUCAACACUUCUCCUUGGCCAAGCGAGAGAGAUCUGAAGAGGAAAUCCAGCAAGAGACUUUAGACAGCAUCCGUUUCAUUCGCGUUGAGCCACCUUCAACAAAUCUACCUCAAGAAGCCAGCAGCAGUCUCAGUCUCUCGAUUUUAGACCCUGUCUCUCUUCAAAGCAUGAACAAGGACACUGCCCUCAACCUCCUGUCGCUACAACCCCUUCAUGGUGUUGUCAGUAGCGGUAUGUUUGUCCCAGUAAGUGGUCAAGCUGCGGUGGAGCUGACUGACAUUGAACAAAUCCUUAAAAUCGCUGCCACGGUGCCUCCUCAGAUGUCUUUGUCUCUGCUUCCCAAAGGUCAGGCCAGUUCUAUACAGGUGGACCCCAAACAGAUUGCCUCUCUGAAACCGAAGACCUUAAUCACUCCUCGAUCCAGCAUGGGUGCCUCCACACCGCCUCCACCUGCCAUGAACGCCCAGCAGGCCUCUUCUGGCAACAUCAGUCCAAGCCUCCCACCCCAAACAGGUCAACAGCUGAGAACUGCCAUACAAUCUUCAGCCUCCUCUUCUUCCUCAACCUCAUCUUCUCCCACGAAUUGGGAGACUACUCAUCUGGGGCCAGAUGUCAUAGGAAGCACGAUUAUCUCAUAUGACAAUGCAACUGGAAAUAUCAAGAAAGAGAAGUUUGACGGCAAGGACAAGGAAUUGAGAGUUUUGAGCAAGAAGACCGCCAAGACAGAGUACCCUUGUCGGUUCUGCAAAGAAGUCUUUUCCUUCUUAGGGGGCCUCCAGGCUCAUAUGCGUCAUCACCUGGGAGCUUCGCCAUAUCAGUGCACCAUUUGCAGCUAUGCAGCUCCAGACAAAGCAACACUGAUUCGGCAUCUCAGAAAACAUAGUGGUGAACGCCCAUACAUCUGUCGCCUCUGUCACUACCCUUUCACUGUGAAAGCCAACUGUGAGCGCCAUUUACGCAAGAAACACAUGAAGAACACGCGCAAAGAGAUCGAGAAGAACAUUGAGUAUGUAACGACCUCCUCUACUGUAAGUGGUGUAUUUGGGGGUGCUAAACUAGACCUCCUUGAUACUGCUGGUACUUGUAACACAUCUUGUCGUUAUUGUGGGGAGGACCUUAAGAACUACCGAGCCCUUCAGAUUCAUCUGCGAACACACAAUGGGUGUCAAAGGAAGCCAUUUGAGUGUCGGCAGUGUGGUGCGGCGUUCCUUGCUAAAAGGAACUGCAUUCACCAUUUGCUGAAGCAGCACCCGGAGGUUCCAGAAAGGGAAAUUGAAGAGCACAUCAAAAGUCUUCUACCUAUUGGAGGAGAUGCCACUGCUCAGGCCAACCCUCCAACUUCAAAUUGGCUGGUUAAUAGCAAUGUUCCUCAGAAUGUAGGCCCUUUCUCUGGACCAGUUGACCAAAACCAGCCCUUGGAUUUCUCUUGCAAAUCUAAAAUAAUUAUAGGCUCAGAUGUCAAGCUGGAAGGAACUGCUUCCCCUCUGCUUAAUCACUGCUCUAUGGAGCCAAUUGAUCUUUCUAUGCCUAAGGAUCUGGAGAAAAAGAGAAUAAUGAAAGGACUUGCUUGCAGCACAUCCCUUAAUCAUCAAGAUGUUAAGAAGGAACAGUCCUCCCCAAGCACAGAAACAACUCCUGGACUUCUUGCUACUCUCCCCGUCCCCAUUUCUAAUCUGGCCUCAGCUCUACCCAGUGAUCUACCCAAGCCUUUUACUCGCCUGAAGCCACUGCUACCAAAACCAUCUUCUGAAAUGCAACCACUGGCCUCCAUUGCUCAGAUUAUCUCCUCUGUCUCAGCUGCCCCAAUGCUGAUUAAAACAGGAAUGGAUGCUAAGAACAGUGUUAGUGCUAUGGAUUUCAAUACACUAAAUGGCAAGAAGUGCACUGUCAUUCCAGAUUCCACUCCAAAUGGUUCUUCUCCUGAUAACUCAAAGAGGAGAGGCAAGAAGAGACUAUUUCAGGAAGAGAUCUGUGAUACAAAAUUUGCAACAGGCGGUGGCAUAGACCUGGAUUCAAGUGGAGAGUUCCCCAGUGUGGAGAAAAUGCUAGCCACUACUGAUGCAAAUAAAUUCAGCCCCUACUUGCAAACCAGUCAGAUGGAGCCAGUGAAGGAGGAGAAAGAGAAGCAGUCCAUCAGUGAGGAGGUGAAGGAAGGUAGAGAGGACAAGCCAAAGAAACCUCCGCAGCACAAAGGAAAGAAGAAUGCCUAUUCCAAUUCAGUGCAGAAAAUGACAUGUCCUUACUGCCCACGUCUGUUCCCUUGGGCCAGCUCAUUGCAAAGGCAUAUGCUAACACAUACAGGUCAGAAGCCAUACCCUUGUCCACAGUGUGAGUCAUUCUUCUCCACCAAGUCAAACUGUGAACGCCACCUGCUCCGCAAACAUGGAAUGUCUAAUCGGGGACUUCAACAGAGUGGGUCUCGACCCAGACCUAAGGCUGACGAAGGAUCACAAGGAAGCACAGGUACCUAUGAGAGUAUGUCUGACACUGAAUCUGCUUUCACUGGAGACAUUAUGGAUCUGAGCUCUAUCAACCCCAAAAGGGAGGAGAACUCUUCAUCCCCAGAACAAGCACCAGAACAAACUGGACAAUCAGCCACUGAACAAACAGAUAGCACCAGAGAUACAAAUCAAAAACAGCCAGCUGAGGGAAACCCUGAGAAAAUAGAAAAUGAUGACGAUGACACUCAAAGCAAUAAAAGUCUCGAUAUGAACCUCGCUAGCAAGCUUGUAGACUUCAAACUUUCUGGAGGGGAUCAGCACCAGCGUAAAUCAGCUGAAACUGUUGCAGAACCAGUUGGUCUGCCAGAGGAGUUCCCUCACACCUGUGCUACCUGCAAGAAGACUUUUCGUCAUGCAGCCACCCUCAGCCGGCACCAGAAAACUCAUGUUCAUGAGGUCCAGCCAGAAGAUGGAGGAAAGAAGGGAAGACGUCAACCUACUGAAUCCAACCAAACCACAAUCACAGCACCUAGAAAAGAGAUGGAGCAAGAGACAAAGUUAGAAGCUGUUGAAAAAGAGGAGAACAGCAGUUGUGUGGAAAGUGGUACAGAGGAGGAGAAGGAGAAAGACAGGGAAGAGAUGAGUGAUGAUGAGGAAGAGGGUGGUUCCUCAGAGCAUAGAGCUUUGGAAGAGGAGAGUGACUCGGCUGCAGGCAAAACUGACAAGAGAAAGAAGAUCUGUGCUAUGUGCAGCAAACGCUUUUGGAGCCUGCAAGACUUGACCAGACAUAUGCGGUCACAUACUGGUGAGAGACCUUAUAAGUGCCAAACCUGUGAUCGCACAUUCACCCUGAAACACAGUCUGGUGAGACACCAACGUGUCCACCAGAAACCCACGGAUGAAAAAGGGACUAAUGAGGUGGAAAUUAAUGAUGAAACAGAUGGAGCAAAAGAUGAUAUUGGAGUGCUGGAAGGAAACGAGGUCAGGUGUUCAUCGGGAGGUGAAAGUGAAGCAAUAGCCCCAAUCCAGACUGAGAAUAAAAGUGAGAGAGCAGAGGUGCCCCAAACAGAAGUGAGUGAAGGACAUAAAGUGGAGAAGCAACAUGCUGAAGAUAUAGACAUGAAAUUGGAUUUUGAUGAAUAAACUCCCAAAGAACCUCGACUAGAUGGAGCUGAACAGGAUGAACCUUCAACUCGUGCUGCCUCAGUUGAGACCCAAUCAGGCUUUGAUCCAGAAUCUGCAAAAAUCAGUGUGUACAGCCGAAUCGCGGCUCAGGAAAUUGCAGAGAAGCCUGUUCUGUGAAGACUAGCCCCUUCACUUUGUUGAUUUUGUGCCAUAGUUUAUCAAGCUUCCACAAAACACUAGGAGUUGCAAAGUCUGGCCUCUGCCAGUAUUUGUCUUAUACAGUAUGCAUAGAAGAUGCAACUGUGAUUCUUUUCUCGAUGCCUUAAUGCUUUUCUUUUUCUAAAGAUUUAGAUCAACACAUAACUGGACAGUAACAGUUUUAAUCAUAUUUAUAUGAUUUUUUUUCUUAAGUGAAUCAAAUAAAGACUUUAUACCAUUAUAAAUAAGAGAAACAUUUGUAUGAUGAUCAGAAGAUUUAUAUAUCAGCCUUAAAAUUUAUUAUUCUUAAGUACAUUUCUAUUUGUUUUUAGUUUCUGUGAGGAGUGAGGUUUUUUUCCUCUCUUUUUGUCUUGUUGAAUUUAAGAGCUGAAAUCAUUGUCACUAUCAUGAUUGGCUGAUUGCAUUUCUGAUAAAAAUUUCUGCUUAGUGGUUCUGUUUAGCUUUCUAUUUUAUUUUGGGUGAUUAAUUGGUCAAUCUUUUAUUGGCAAUAUUUGCCUGUUCUUUGUAUAUUCUUCUCUAUCUUUGAGCCUCAUUGACAAAUGAUGCAGACGUGUGUACAAAUCGCUGAAAGUCUUGAAAAAGCACCUUCUGGUGGUGAAGACUGUGAAGUAUUAUAUUGGAAGGCCGGUGGAUCAGAGAAAAGAGUGCUUCUGAGAUUCACACAAUAUGUAUUUAAUGUCAGUGUGAUUCUGAGUAUGUUUUAUGUAUCUUUAAAGUGUUAUUUGUUUUUGCCUUUUUUGGAUUUUGUGUUUGUACUGGAAAUCUCUCUGUAGUUCACCCUGACUGUUUGACACUGGUGUUCACACUAAACUGUACCAUGAAAAUUGGAGCUCAAAUAAUAUAUGAAUUUAAAUUAGCUGCCCUGGGACUGUCUUGUGAAGAGGGGAUGUCAUUUUCCCCUCAAACAAAAACACUUAUUACAAUUUUUUACAAUAGUUGUAACUUUGAUAACCCCUGAACUCCAUUCAGCACUUCAUUAGGGUUGUAUGGAUUUAACCUAUGUCCUCUCAUUGGCAAAAUAAUUGCUAGUAUUCAUUUUGAAAACUCAGCCUCUUUUAUAAGCAAUGCUUAACUUAGUAAAUGAGAAGAUCUCUACAUUUUGUUAAAACAUAUUUCCUUUCUCUGUUUCUUAUUUUUUGUCUAAUGACAUAUGUGCCUGAAUGUGUACAAGUGUGUGGGGGUGUGUGCACAGUUAUCAAUAAUGAAAAACACUGAACAUUUUAUGCAGGUAUUUAUUUGAUCAAUCUAAAGAGAGUGGUCGUAAUUUUGAGAAGCCAUAUAGAAUCCAAUUUGUGCCGCAAGGAGUAUCAAAAUAAUUCUCCAUUGUAGAACUUCUUUUGCAUAGUGAAGUUCUCUUAAGUUUUUCAGAUAUGUUGUGGAUUCAGAUUUUGACUCUUUGGAUAAUUACGAUUUUCGUAUGUCACUUUAAUUAGUCAUGUGAUGAAACUUUCAACCAAUGCAUCUAUCCAUUAAUUUGAGAGCAUUGAACCAUAGAGUAUAAUUUUGUUGGGUUUGACAUUAUGAUUAUGAAACUAGUGAUUUUGCAUGUUAAUGUAAUUUUGUGAAUUUCUCAGCUAUUCUCUUUCUCAGGGGCUUUUCAAAAACUGCAUUUUCUAAGAAAUCUAUCUUGUGUAUAAAAUUGAUACUCAUUUCUGUGGUAAACAGAAUAAUCACUACAAUUUAGUGCAUUUUACUGAAUUUGGUCAAAAACAUGCUUGGGCUUAAUUUUGUCUUCUAUUGACUUAUGUUAAUGUCAAACAUUUCUUGUGAGAAAUUUCUGUAUUUGGCCCGUCACCAUCACUGACCAUGUUCGUCCAAUGGAUUACAAAUGUCAGAUUAAUUCAGAUGAAGAUUUUGCUUACUUUCUGAUCAAACUCCAUAAAGUGUAUGAAUCAUCCAAUCAAUAAAUGUACACUAAGAAAGAGUGAGACAUGAAGUGUGUGGGUUGUGGUUUUUUCAUCCAAUGCUUUGUGAAGUUUUUUUUAUUUUAUUUCGAUUUUAUUAUUAUCAUUAAAAAAGAAUGUGUUUUGUG